AUGGAUGACCAAUUGAAACAGUUUCUAUUUCUCCUUCCGUCACAAUACAAUUUUCAGUUUAGUAACCAAGUUGGGAGGGAAAUCAGAAAGUCCUUAUUCUUAUCAGUGACAAAUAAUGGAGAAUUCCUCGACCGAAUAUUUCUGGAUCUAUUAGACCCACAUGAACAACUUGAAAAAGAUUUAAAUUGGAAAUUAUCGGAAUAUGUGAAAUUGCUUAUUGCGGCUAAACAAGCGCAUGAAGCCCAAGAACAUUUUGCUUCACAUCCAAAUAGACCAUGCUCAAGAGUAUUCAGACGAGGAGAACCAAUAAUCAGAUGCUUAACCUGCGCAUACGAUCAAUCGUGCGCAUUAUGCUCAUACUGUUACCAGCCUUCUGAACACGAGGGCCACGACACCGUUAUUCAAAUUUGCGUUCGUGAAAAUGGAGGAGUAUGUGAUUGUGGAGAUCCGGAAGCUUGGAAAGCGUCUAGCAAAUGCGUGUAUGCAUCUGGUGGUCUCGAGGACUUUGAUCAGCCAUUACCUAGGGCAUUUCAAACAGCACUAUCCCGAACCUUUGAUGUCAUUUUAGAUUUCCUCAUUGAUAUUUCAAUAAACAGCGACAUGCAUUUCGUUCCCCCACUGGAGGUGGAUAUAAGGACCGUGCAAGAAAACUUCGAAAUGAGUACAUUGGAUCCUCACAAAUACGGUAUAUGUUCGGAUCACUUUUUUGAUAAAAAUAGUGGCAAAUUCUAUCUACAGUUGUAUAAUGAUCAAGUAAGGCAUUUCAGAGACGCAGUUCAGCGGGUUCGAUUAACAAGUCAAAAAUCUAGAGAGUUUGCCAAUAUGGUGACAGAAAGGGUUCAUAGCUUUGGAAAAGCAGAAGUGUUAGGGUCAAGUGAUAUUAACCUCUUGUUAGAAAGACAGAAAAUCUUGAGUGCCACGGGGUUAGCAUCAUCCAUUCGAAGUGAAAGAGACGUAUUUCGAGAAUCUAUGUGUCAUGAAUUAAUUGUUUGGCUUAGUGAGUUCACGGAAAGUGAGUUUUUCAGGCUAAGUCUCACUGCUGAGAAUUUAUUUGCCCAGGCAUUUUGUGAAAAAUGGCAGCCGGGGUUGCUCAAAACACCCAAGCAAAGGCGAGAUGGAAAGCAAAGAGCUGGUGUAUUGGGAGAUGAUUUUGAAAUUCCAAAAUUAACCAGCGAGAACCACCACGCAAUAUGUCUCGAAGAAAGCUCACACCAUACAAAAAGGGUUUGCAAUUCCUGCGGUCAUUCAGAAACAGUAUAUAACAGCGCAGUUGGAUCACGAAUGCAAUACAUGAUGUUUUUAAAUCUAAGAUUGUGGAAAGCUGCGCGUGAGUUGUUGCAUGUUAUGUACUCAACAUCACUAGUCACUAAUCUCAAGUACAAACAAAUUAUGUCGAGUCAGUACAUGGAAAUUUAUGCAGGAGCUGCUGAUCAAUUUUUAUCAUUAGAUAGGGAGCCAGAUUUCAAUAUCAUGUUCAGCCUUUCUAUGCAACUUUUUUCCAGCCCGCGCAAUUCCGAGUCAAUCAUAAAACAGGGUGAUUUCAUCUCGAUCCUUUCAGCAGUAUUUGUAUUCUUAACGUCGGAGCAAAUACUGGAAACGACUCUUAGGAAUAGACUGACCCAUGAGAUAUCCAUAAAAAGUCUACGCAACAGGCGAUGGGGUCAACUCUUUCUCGAUAUUGGUUUCAUUGUCGGUAGAGGCAAAGAGUUCUACGAUGUUUCUAAUGAUGACAUUGCGCGCGCAGUUUGCGACCUUUUGGGUCUCUUUCAGGGGAGACCGGCUAUGAAGAGAGAAAAAGAUAAUCACAUCGAAUAUGAGAAUCCCGACUAUUCAACAUUUUUCAAUUCGGUCAUGGUAAUUUAUAAGUUUGCGGAAUUGAGUGCCCUGACUCUUAAUAGUAGAUCCAAUGACCAACAAUCCAGAGAGGAGAAAUCAUUGAAUGCCAUUGAAUACAUUAUUGCAUAUUUGAUUACGUUAGAGUUUCACGAGCUAAAAGGGACAGAUUAUGCAAAUACAGAUAUAAAGAGUUUUUUUCACAAAAAAAACAUCGUGGAACCAAUCACCGGAAGGGUUUUGAAAGCUUCAAACAUGGAUGAGGACAAUGUAAGUUUCCUUCAUCCUAUGCACUCAUACAUUUGCUCAUUGAUUGAACAUGCUCGGUUUCGAGCCUGGGAUGGUUUGAUUGAUAGAUUUACAAAAGUGGGAACGAGAAUGGGAUUGCCAGAGUCAUUCUCUGUUGAGUCUUUGAUAUUUGAUUACUCUAUAAAAACUCUAGCACUUAUGUCACAAAUAAAAUGUGGCUACUGGGUUCGAAAUGGGUUUACUGUGAAAUCGCAAUUGCACAUGUACAAAAAACUCGGGUUGCGUGAGUAUGGGUAUAUGAGGGAUUUAUUCUUGAUUCAAAUAUUUAGUAGCAUGUGCCAUCCAGAUUUGGUGGCAUACAUGAUCUUUGAUCGUUGGAUGCUACAAGGAGACUGGGUCUCUUCAAAGAACGAGUCGUCAUAUGAUGUACAGACUUUACCUUUCAUUCUUGAGGAGUGUGCGACAUUUUUUAUAAAUAUGAUGACAGAACAUUCGUUCUUGAAGGGGCUUUCAGAGUCAGAAUUGACCAAACAAAGAAUCGAAAAAGAAAUCAUUCAUCAUUUGUGUUUCAAACCUUUGAGUUACAAGAAGCUAUGUUCUUACGUAUCUGAAAAACUGGUUCUUGAUAAACGAUUUGAGAUGAUAUUGAAAAAGAUGGCUAACUAUACAAAGCCAGUUGGGAACAACGAUUCUGGGGUUUUGGAACUUAAAGAAGUGUACUUAGAUGAGGUAGAUCCGUACUACUUUAAUUACUCAACAAACAUGCGAGAUGAAGCAUUGAAAUUUAUCAAAGAAAGAAGACACAAAGAAACGGGUAAAUUGAUAGAUAGUAUUGUCAUUGAGCCCAACUCCAACGUUGACGACAUUUUAGACAUAUAUAAGAAUUGUGGGAAUGUGUCUACCUCGGUCCAUUUUACGAAAUUUUUAAUCAAAGUAUUGCAUUUUAUUUCGAGGCAAGAGUUUGACAAGGUGGAGAGCUUGUUGGAAACCACUUUACAUUUGAUACACGUGUGUGCAAUGGUCAUCAACACUCGUCAGCAUGCGUCACUUUUUACUAGAUUUGUUUCAGUCGCAUCCCAACCCCCUGUUUCAAUAAGUAUACUUUUAAGCAAGCUCUUAUUAGAUGAAAAGUACAGGGUCGUCCAUGCAAAAAUACGAGCAAUUUUGUGCAAACUAAACCAAAACCACUCACAUCUUGAGAGCAUUAUUAAUGAGCAAUUGAAGGAUUGUGGCUUAGGCACUAUCACGAUUAAUAACGAAAAUGAGGCCAGUAUAGAUGAUGUGGCCUCAAAGAAGAAGAAACUUGCAAAAUUGAGGCAACAAAAAUUGCUAAACAAAUUCAAAAAACAACAGUCCAAAUUUUUGAAACAGAACAGGGAUAAUACAAUGGAAUGCAGCGAUACCGAAAUGGAAGAAGAUCUGUCAAAAACGUCUUGGUGUUUACAAAAUGACCAUUGUAUCUUGUGUCAAAACACUAGUGGGGACUUAGGACCGUUUGGUAUUAUUGCACAUAUUGGGAAAUCAUCUACAUUCAGGAAUGUUCCUUUUGGGAGCGAAUACUGGUUUUUAAAAUCAUUUUCGGAUUCACCAAAUUUAAAUGACGAUACUAGUCAAAACAGCGAGCUGCACUCCGAAGCUUGGGAAAUUUUCAUGUCGAAUGUAAAGGAGAAGAAUCCAUUCGGUCCAGGCUUUGGCGCCAGCGACUGCGUUGAAAGUAAGUUGAUAGCACUGAGCUGUGGUCAUGGAAUGCACUUUAAGUGUUACCUCAAUUAUCUCGAUGGCAAUAGAGCAAGACAAAACCAAAUCACCCGAAAUACACCAGAGAAUCCUGAACUGAAGGAAAUUCUUUGUCCGUUGUGUAAAGCAGUCAACAACGUCUUUAUACCGAUGUUUGGCCCAAAUCUGAGGGGAAAUAUGGAUGACAUUGUAUCUACUCAAAGUGUCCAGCACAAGAAUCAUUAUCCAAUUAAUGAAGAUCAGAUUGCUCAAUUGAUUGAGUCAAAAAACCUUGAUUUUGUAGUCCCAUGUCUGACGGAGGGCCGUACAUGGCUUACUUCGCUAAGAACAAAUCGUGGGGGAUUCAGCUUACCCUGGAAAAGUGUUCUAAACUCGAUUGCCCCCAUCACUUUUCCCAGAUCGUUUGAGUCAGCUUUGCCAAUAAUCUUAUCUAACACUAUAAAGUCAUCGGAGAUUGCCUUGCGUGGAGUUGAAUCUGAAAAAGCUCCAGUUUUUGAACAAAUUCCUAGCAAGUCUCUUCUUGUGAUGAGGGCCUUGAAUGAGAUGCGCUUGUUAAUGCAACUUCAAGAGAUGGAAUCCACUUGCGUCCUCACUGAAAACGCAUUGGCCAAAGCCUUGGCAAGUCUUGUGUCAUUGUCAACCACAGGGAUUAUUGAGACCAUAAUGGAAGCCGACUUUAUGGAUUUAUUGGUCGAUGCCACGCCAUUACCAGGCUCAAAUUUCACUUUCAACGACGUUUUGAGAGUGAUAUUUGUUGGACACGUAAUUCAAUGUUUGUACGUGCUUGUCCAAGAGAUGAGGCGCAACAUUAUAAUCAAAAAAUGGAAUUACAACAUUCACGAUGUUCCAUUGCUUACGGAAAUAGAUACGCUGGCAUCAGUAGAAGUACAAAGAUGCUUUAAUAUUUUGGGAGGGCAAGCCAUUACCACACAAGGGGGCAACAUCGGCAAGGUCUUGUAUACAAUGUUGGUGAAAUCUGUGACCCCGUUUUUGCGCAGAGCUGCCAUAUAUGCAUUUUUGCAAUGCUCAAACACAGAACAGACUAGAACAAAAAUUAAUUACGGUUACACUUUGGAAGCAAACGAGUUGUGUAGUGCUUUGAACUUACCUACAAUCUCACAAAUUCUUCUAAACUUGAUCGAUUCAGACUCAUGGGAGGGAGAGUUGCUACAAAAAUUUGCAGCUAGUUGCGUUUCAGGAGGUAACAAAAUACUAAUGGCUAAUCCAAAGUUGGAGUAUCCUGGGAUCCUAAGUCUAAUUGAUUUACCAAACAGGCUCGAUGAUUUCUUCACACAGUAUUAUUACCUGGAGAAAUUUGGCAAACCGUAUCAGUCAAUAGAAGAUCCUGCUAUUUGCUUGUUCUGUGGUACCGUGGUCGAUUUACAAAAGCAAGCCGUUGGGACUGUUGAGGGUCAAUGUACUGCACAUUACUCGAGGGAAUGUUCGAGCGAAGACGGCAUAUUUUUAUUACCAAAGGACAGAGUCAUGCUAUUACUACAUAAAUACAAAGGAUCUUUUCAUAGUGCACCCUAUCUAGAUGAUCAAGGUGAAUUAGCCGAUGAAAACAAAAAAGGCAGGGCUUUGCAUUUGAUGCAGCCCAGAUACAACGAUUUCGUCAAAAAUAUUUGGUUAGAACAUAAUGUUGCUAACUACAUCGCAAGAAAUUUAGAGAGUGUCUUAGAUCCAGGUGGGUGGGAAACUUUAUAG